UGCAGUGUCCCCCUCAACCUCUCCGCCAACCGCUUCGGCCCCCUCCUCUCCUCUCUCCUUGGAUUCCACCUCCUCCCUCGUCCUCGGAACAGUUGCUGCAGCAGCUCCAGUCCCCCCCUGCGCCUCUCCCCUCCCCGCGGCUGCCUCGCCCCGUCCCUCCGCCGCCUAGGGCUUCCAAAUCCCCUCAGCUUCCCCUGAUUUCACUUUUCCCCGGCGUUGUGCAGGCUCCGGGCACUGGCCGUCCGCCGGGGCCGUGUCUUGGUGUUUAUCGGGUUCCUGGGCUCCUCCGUGCAAUGCCGGGCCUAAGCACGGCUGGGGUUGGGGUUCUUGGCCCGGAGCUCGCUCCACUUUGAUUUUUUUUGGAGGUUUUUUUUAGGGAGGGAAAAGAGUCCGGAUUUCGAGGAGUUCUUGGUUGCGUGCUUGUCUAAGCGGAGGCGGAUCUUAAGUUCGUGGACGUGGGGGGUUUAGCUCGACGAGGCGGGUAAUUUUCUACGGGCGUUUGGAAUUCUUUGCUCGGUUCUUGAGGAGCGCCGAGUGGAAAACCCGGUAAAAUUUGAAUUUUUGGGCGGUAAAAACUUUUGGUGGUUUCCAUGGCCGGGGCACCGAGGGUCCGGUCCCUGAACAUCGCGGUUCCGGAGGCAGAGGCGAGGCCGGUGCUGGUGCCGGGGGGCAACAAGGCCAGGUCGGGCCCGGCGAACGCCCGGAAACCGUCGCCGAAGCCCCUGAGGAAGGCGGUGGGGACGCCAGAGAAGCCUGCGGCUGCCGCACCCAAGGCGGAGGAGGGCGCAAAGAGGAAUGCAGUCGGCGGGGGCGGAGGUGGCGCGCCCAAGGGUGCGUCCCCUAUGCCGUCGCCGCGGCGCACACCCCCUGGGCCGCCGUUGAGGAGGAGCGACGCGCCGCUGUUGCAUCCGGGCUUGCCGCUCAGCGCGUCGUCUUGCUCCUCGGAUGCCUCCGCGGAGUCGGUCCGCGUCCGGGCUUUCACUGGGAAAGUGGAGAAGGGCCGGUCGGGGCCGAUGGCUGCGUCGAAGCAAGGCAAAACUAUGGGUAAGACGGCAGAGAGCAAGCCCGUCGUGGUGGAGUUUGUUGCUCCGGUGACACCAGAGGUUGUGGAAGGGAAGAGGAGGUGCGCUUGGGCGACUCCAACUACUGAUCCUUGCUAUGUCACUUUCCAUGAUGAGGAGUGGGGGGUUCCUGUGCACAAUGACAGGAGAUUGUUUGAGCUACUUGUACUAUCUGGUGCAUUGGCUGAGCUUACAUGGCCUGAAAUUCUCAAGAGGAGGCAACUUUUCAGGGAAAUUUUCAUGGAGUUUGACCCUGCUGCUAUCUCUAAAAUAAAUGAGAAGAAGCUUGUGGCACCUGGAAGCACUGCCCAUUCUCUUUUGUCAGAGCAAAAGCUCCGAGUGGUCCUUGAGAAUGCUCGCCAGAUACUAAAGAUUGUUGAUGAAUUUGGAUCCUUUGAUCGGUACUGCUGGGGUUUUCUGAACCACAAGCCUAUAGUGAGCAAGUUCCGAUAUCCAAGACAAGUUCCUGUCAAGAGCCCAAAGGCAGAUAUAAUCAGCAAAGACAUGAUGAGAAGGGGAUUCCGAGGUGUGGGCCCAACGGUCAUAUAUUCCUUCAUGCAGGCUGCAGGUCUAACAAAUGAUCACCUGGUCAGUUGCUUCCGGUUCGAACAAUGCAAUGCCAUUCCAACUCUUUGCACAAGUGACAUUGACAGGGUAAACAUGAAGGCAGAUCCAAAAAAAGAUGAGAUGACAACGAAGAUUUAUUGUGAAGAGAUUACCACAAACCCAGAGAUGCCAAGGACGAUUGAUGCUCUUAUUGUUUCGUAGCACCAUGUGGAUAUUGGUAUAGCAACAUGGCUACUGAACUUGUGUUAUCUCUAUGUAGACAAUGUGUUAGGUUAUCCUUGAAUUGAGGUCAGGAAUCAAAAUGCUUUUGUAAAAAUCAUUUCUGUUGCUAACGCUUACUCUAUUGUAAAUUGAAUGGUUAGGGAAGCCAAGGAUGAUGACCUUUUCUUACUGAUCAAGAAACUAUGAAAUUAUUAUUGCUGUCAAUCAUCCAGCAGUUUUCUCC